UGAUGAUUGAUGUUGGUUGAUGUCAGUUGUUGUGGGUAGAGGCUAGUGAUAAUGGUGGCUAAAAGUUAGGGGCAGAGCUAACAUUCCGAUUAUGCGUUUGGUAGAACAUAGAAGGUUUUUACAUAGAUCCCGUAUUUGUGUUAAAAAAUUACUUAAUAUGUAUAAAUAACUUAUCAAGAACGCAGUAACUUUCUUGUUGUGGAAUCUAAAAUUCGUAAACUCAAAAUUCUAACUCUGUCUCUGCUCAUAGUAGUGGCUAAUAAUGGUUGUAGAUGGUGGCCGGUGGAUGAGAGUAAUAGUUAAUGGUGAUGAUGAGUGAUCACAAUGAUUGAUGAUAUAUAGUGGAGACUGUCGGUAGUGAUUGGUGGUGAUGAUCGUAAAUGAUGACUAGUUGUGAUUGGUGACGACGUCAGUUGUGGUUAUGGAUGGUGCUCAAUAGUACUCACACUGUUUUCUAUGUUGUACUUGUACAGCGCGUGCCCAUCUAGCAAAAUGGAAGGAGCAACUCCUUUAGUGUUAUGUAGUCACUUUGUUGUCAUGUUGAUCCUACUUCUACCAGAUACAUCAGUGGCUGAACCAAGAUCCCAGAUAAUCCAGCUCAUAUGUGGAAACAAAUCGACGGUUUCCGUCCCAAAUUUUGUUGGUACAAUGGAAACGUUAAGUGAACAAGUGAGAGCUAGAGGAUAUGGAGUAGCCGUUACUGGCACUGGACCAGAUGCUACUUAUGGAAUUAGCCAAUGCUAUGGUGAUCUUUCAUUAAUUGACUGUGUCUUAUGCUUCUCUGAAGCGCGAACCCUUUUUCCCCAGUGCUUCCCUUAUAACGGAGCGCGAAUAUAUCUUGAUGGCUGCUUUAUGCGAGCGGAGAAUUACAGCUUCUAUGACCAGUAUUUAGGUCCAGAGGACAGGCGAGUAUGCGGAAACAGGAUGACAAAGGGUUCAUUGUUCCAACAGAAUGCUAGGGCAGCUGUUCAGCAAGCAGUUGGAAAUGCACCGAGUAAUAAUGGCUAUGCGCGUUCCCAAGUGUCAUUUCCCAGGGAUUCCAAUGAUACUGCUUAUGUUCUCGCUGAUUGCUGGAAGACGCUGAGUGCGAAUUCCUGUGCAGCGUGUUUGCAAAAUGCAUCUGCCUCUAUGUUACGAUGCUUGCCUUGGUCAGAAGGUAGAGCUCUGUACACUGGAUGCUUCAUGAGGUAUUCCGAUACCAAUUUUCUCAAUGCUAUUACUACCAACGGAGGCUCGUCAUCAAGGGGAAAAGUUGUAGUCACUAUCAUUGUUGUUAGUUCCGUUGUCGUUUUGGGAGUAGGUGCUUUCAUUGGUAUUGGUGUCUGGAAGAAUAAACUAAUCCAGAAGAAGAGAAAAGGUGCAAAUGAUGCCGAGAAAUUAGUGAAGAUACUUCAUGACAUCAGCUUGAACUUCAAGUAUUCGACGCUUGACAAAGCCACGGGGUCAUUUGAUGAGGCCAACAAGCUCGGGCAAGGUGGAUUUGGCACAGUUUAUAAAGGUGUUUUGGCAGAUGGGAGAGAGAUCGCCGUCAAAAGGCUGUUCUUCAACAACAAACACAGAGUUGCAGAUUUUUAUAACGAGGUUAACAUAGUCAGCAGCAUUGAGCACAAAAAUUUGAUAAGGUUAUUGGGAUGCAGCUGCUCAGGACCGGAAAGCCUUCUUGUAUACGAGUUCCUCCCAAACCAGAGCCUGGAUUGCUUCAUAUUUGACCCUAUCAAAGGUAAAGCUCUAAAAUGGGAGAAAAGAUUUGAGAUAAUUAUAGGUACAGCAGAAGGAUUAGUAUACCUUCAUGAGAACACAAAGACACGAAUAAUUCACAGAGACAUAAAGGCAAGCAACAUCCUGUUGGACUCGAGGCUCCGUGCAAAGAUUGCUGAUUUUGGGUUGGCCAGGUCAUUCCAAGAAGACAAGAGUCAUAUAAGCACUGUCCUUGCUGGCACAUUGGGAUAUAUGGCUCCAGAAUACUUAGCACAUGGUCAAUUAACAGAAAAGGCAGAUGUUUACAGCUUUGGAGUUCUUCUACUAGAGAUUGUUACUGGAAGACAAAAUAACAUGAGAAAAAACGACGAAGAUACAGUCAGCUUAGUUUCCGAUGUGUGGGAGCACUUUGAACGCGGGAUAGUGGAGGAGCUGUUCGAUCCGAAUCUCAUGUUGCAUAACUGCCAUACAAUCAAUGUACAAAAUGAGGUAGCGAGAGUGUUACAUGUUGGACUUUUGUGCACUCAAGAGAUCCCAACGUUACGUCCAUUCAUGUCUAAGGCAUUAAAAAUGCUCGUCAAGAAAGACGAAGAGUUGCCUCCUCCUACUAAGCCGCCAUUCGUGGAUGAGAAAACCAUGGAUCUUCAUGACCCUUGGGAGGAUUACUCACUUAAACAAGGCAAUUCUUCUUCAGUUGCCAACUUAUCUCAUAGUUCUUUUUACCCCAGAUGAUGAUAUCUCAGUGUCCUGAAAUUGAAGCAUAGAUUAUAGGCAUAUACAUAGAUAGACACAGUCUAGUCCCUUGGGUUGCAAGGGUGUUCAAUGUAAGUUCGUGAAGUUUGUCGUGUACAAGAUAUGUGAAGUGUAGUUCCUAAGUCUAUACUCAGAUACUUAAAUUUGUAUAAAGUUGAAUAAGUAGACACGUGUGUUUUAUGUGGCAUAAUACACGUAGGACACAAAUUUUCAUGUAGGAUGUCCCAUUAGAUGUGUGUGUAUUUGUUCAACUUGAUACACGUUUAAGUACCUACUUGUGCACACCAAAAGUUGAAGGGCAUAAAUGUGA